AUGCCUGUUUUAGUAACUACGGCACCGCCAUUACAUAAGCACCCUCACGCACCGGAACUCUCGUUUCUUGCGCUGAGUGUCGUGCUUCCCCCCUCCGCCUCUCCUCGUUCCCCUCAACACAACGCUCCCCGAUACCCUGGGUAUCCAAGUCCGUCUGCUCGCCCAUUCUUUAUCAACCGGCGUACUUUUGUUCCCCUAAGAAUGAGCCGGAAGCUCGCCCCCGAAGCCAAUCGGAUUCUCUUCGUCAAGAACCUCAAGUACGUCUUCACCCGUUCCGAGUCGCCAAUCCCCAAUGGACACGAACCUGGGAGCAUCCCAUUUACGACCGCGUGCAAUCCGCUAACAUCUUCCCUCAGCUACAACGUGACCGCAGAUCAACUGUUCGACCUCUUUGGCAAGUUCGGGCCUAUUCGCCAAAUCCGCCAGGGUAUUGCGAACAACUCCAAAGGCACUGCAUUUGUUGUCUACGAAGACGUCCACGACGCCAAACAGGCAUGCGAUAAGCUCAACGGCUUCAAUUUCCAGAACAGAUACCUGGUCGUAUUGUAUCACCAGCCGGAGAAAAUGGCACGUUCAAAAGAGGACCUGGCGGAAAGACAAGAAAACCUGGAACGGCUCAAACAGCAGCACGGGAUAGAAUGA